AUACGCUGGCCCUGCAAGCUGCUACUAGCAAUACCUUUCUACCUACCUAGUUUAUCUGUUACCCAAGGUCGUCUUUGUGAUAUAUUAUAAAACAGAACGCUAAACUGCUGAAUAAUUUGAUGGAACGUUAAAUAUGUGUUCCACUUCCAACCAUCUCCGACUGAGCUGGAAUUUCCAGUAAGAGAACACCACGUGAACAUCACUGACGUUUGUUUAAGGAAGUGCUGCUGCCUUAUCUAACACCCCAGUAAGAUAAUGUGGGAGGCGCACAGAGGGAUCCAUGUUGACCAGUCAGAGCUGCUGUGCAAAGAGGGCUGUGGUUACUAUGGUAACCCAGCAUGGCAGGGGUACUGCUCCAAAUGCUGGCGGAAGAGAAACAGGAAUCAACCUGACCAGAAGAGAGACACUGGGCCUUGUCCCAGUGUGGAGGGGGGGAAGCCCCUGACCUUCUCCAAGUUUGAGGAGAAGAAGAGCAGUGAGAUGAGCCGGCGUGUCAACACCAUGAAGAGACUCUUCGGGGGCUCCAGAACUCCCCCCAAGAGAGGGAGCGAACCGGCUGAGACCCAGUCAGUCACCUCAACAGCACCUCAAAAAUCACAACCCGGGGACUUCACUGAAUUCCUGAAAUCCCUACGUAAACCCUCCACCCAGGUCCUACACCGGCGCUGCACUGCCUUUCUCAGCAGCCUAGAAUCACAGCGGUACCUUCCAGUACAGAAGCAGUCAGACCUGGUCCAGGAUUUCUACCAGAGCAUCGCAGGACACUUUCAGAGCUUCCCAGAGGAGCAGAGUGCCCUGAUGAUGGAGCACAUCGAGAAGCUAAUCAUGACGCGGCUGUACAAGUGGGUGUUCUGUCCAGACAGCUCGGACGAUGAGCACAGAGACCUGACCCUGCAGAGGAGAAUACGAGCACUCCACUGGGUCACCCCACAGAUGCUUCGCAUCCCAGUUGGCGAGGGUCGCUCUGAGGUCAAUGACCACUUCCUCUCGGCCAUCACAGCAAUAAUCGGGAUGGACGCUAAGCGUGCCCCUCAGGACAAGCUCUCCUGUGUGUUCAAGUGCAGCCAGAGUAUCUUCACUGCCCUGGCCUCCUCCAACCCUGAGCCGGCCAACGCAGACGACUUCCUGUCGGGGCUGAUCCACGUGGUGCUGAAAGCCAACCCUCCCCGCCUGCACUCCAACAUGCAGUACAUCAUCCGCUUCGGGCUGCCACACAGCCUCAUGGCCGGGGAGUCUGGAUACUACUUCACCAACCUGUGCUGCGCUGUCACCUUCAUUGAGAAGCUGAACGGGCCGUCUCUGAACCUGACCCCCGAGCAGUUUGAGGGGUACAUGCAGGGCAGGAAGCCGGCGGAGCGGGAGAGCCCGGUUUCGGAGCCAGAGUCUGAGGGUCUGCAGCUGGCCAAGAAGAACCGGGAGCUGCUGAGGGAGAUUGAGAAGCGACAGGAGCGGGUGGCGCUGGGGGUGCGAGAGAUGGAGGAGGAGCUGGGGAAGUGGGUGCAGUCUGUGCAAGCUCAGGUGCAGGAGAUCAAAGCAAAUGCUGCUCUGGAUGUUAUUAGCACAAAGAGUUAGCACCCUGGAAGAGAGUAGCUUCAAACGCCAUUUGAAUUGCUUUCUGUACAUUCCCCUUGCUGUUUGAUGAGUGCAGUUGUUGAGUGCGCUUCUGGGUUCUGCUGCUCUGUUGCCUGGCUUGGACCCACUUUCUGUGUUUAUAAAUGCAGAGUAGAUGGAGCUGACAGAGCUCGAUGGUCACAUUACAUAGUUUGAAUUGAAUGAGUGAAGCUGUUCAGUUCGAACAUUUAUGAUUAUCAAGAGAACCUCAAAACAAGCUCAGAGAUCUUAAAUACAUAGUGGAGAAGCAGAACCCAGAGCUAUUCAUAAUUACUGCAAGCACUGUAAAAUUAGUAGGGGGGUGGGGUAGGGGGAAUGAGAUAUGAAGCUACUUGCUCUUUAAGCAUAUUGUUUUAGGGAUGUGAAAAAAAUUAUAAUGUCCUCUAAAUGUCUUUGAUAAUUAUGGCUCAUAACCAAAUCCAGUUUCGCCUUUCAUGUGGGUCAUUGUGCAGCUAACAUUCCUAGGACUUUAAAACUGGAGGACACAUUAGUUUUUUGCUUCACAUCCCUAAUUUAUUCUGAAUGAAGGAUAUAUUUGCCACCCACAAUAGUUUACGUACAGACAAACUUCUCAAUUGAGACAUUGUUCAAUUACUGAACAGGGUAUAGCAAGUCUUUGGUGAUUUACACAAGGGCAGUCACUGGCUAUGAAAUACAAGACAUAACAAGCAACAACCUGUUUACCAUAAGCCUUUCUACCGCAUUUGUAAAUAUAGAACAUUCUGACAAAGUAAAAUAUAAAGUAAUAUAAAUCGGCUUCAUUGAUGUAUUAUUAUGUUAUUUUUGCAUAUCGGUUUCCUUGAAAUUUCAUGAGAUGGCAAAUCUACCGUUUAACAAAAAAUAGAUUUAAGUUUAUUUUUUUGUUGUUUUUUAUCUUUCUCUUAACUUUUAGUGUGUUUGCAUUCUGUUUGCAAGUUUUCCCUAGUUGCCUUUGAACUAAACGUGUCUUUUGAUUUAAUCAUUCCAGAAAGCCAUGCAACAAUAAGACCCUGCUAGCUCUGCAGUUGAAAAAAAAAAUACAAAUUGUAAACCUCAUAAAAAGGUAGGGGAAAGAUUGAAAGGUGAAUGUCUAGGGGAAAUAUUCUGUUUAACCUUGCUGUUUGGCCAAGCUUACUCAUUAUGGUGCUUUAAACAGAUAUGGAGGAGAAACUGAGUUAAACAUUCAGAAAUACUGACUUUGCCUGACAACGGUGCCUGAAAUUUCAUGAAAAUCUCAAGAGGAAGAGACACAGUAGUAUUAUGUAUUCUCUAAUAUGUAUUCAUUCAAAUUAUAUUUAUUUGAUGUCUAGGGUAUGUCUAAAAUAGCUUUAUCACACAUUUUUGCCCUGACAUAGGUACGAAUGUACAGUGUGUACAGGGACGAUUAGCAAGUAUGUGAGAUACGAGAGGUUAGGACUGUUUACUGAUGAAUAUUCCAAAGUUUACUGAGACGCCAGUAUAUCCAACUGUCUAAGUGCCUUUGUCCGUGAAACUUUUGAACCAGUUAGAGGGACCUACUGAGCCUGUCAGAUGAAGUUAUAUGGUACAUUUCUAGAAUAAUCAAUGCCAUUUUAUUGCAGUGUUGUAGACUUUGUAUGUUUAUUAAUCAUUUUCUUUUACCAGUCAAGAACCUGUUGCAAUAAGAAAUAACAGCUGUUUACAUUCAAAGAGCCUUCAGCUGACUUCACCAAAGUUGCAAUUAGUUUAUUAGCUGGUGACGUCAACACAUUGAGAGGUCACAGGUAGCAUCAUUGUGAAAUACCAGUGUUGAGUUUAUCUCUGAGAAUAAAUCCAAAAGCAAAUUGCUUUUUUUUUUGUUUUUUUGUUUUUUUGUAUGUUAACAGAAACAACAAAACAGAACAUUACAUUUAAUUUGAAAUACAAUGGCAGAUGUAUACGUUCAAAAUUUAAGUCACUUAAGUCAGGCCCAUAGUGUCCUGGGGUUACUCUACAAUAGAUAGUGUGUUUUGAGGGUUGGAAAAGCCUGUUGUUAAAAAUGAUGGUAAUGCACAUAGCAAACCAAUGUAAAAUGUGCUGUUUAAGAAGUCUGUGUAUAGUAAUUUACAACUACUGUGAAAUGUAGUAAUAAAUAUAUAUUUACCUUCAGCUGUGCCGUUAUUAUUAUUGACAUACAGCACUAAUAGAAUUUGAAUGUAAACAUUUUUUUUUUCUAUGUUGACAACUUCAAGUGCUUUCAACGUCAAGUGCUGGGGCAUUGAUCUGAGCAUUUGUCAAGGAGGCAUUCUGCUGUUGGCAGCAUUCUCCAUAGUGAACUUUUCUUUGAAACCCAUUAAAUCCUGCAUGCGCUUAUGGAAAGUAAAGGAGCUGAAAGUGGGAAAAGGUUUUUUUGCUCUUCUAGGCUAUUCUUUUUCAAUAUUACAAAUAGAGACAAACGUAUCAGAAGCAGUGACCAAAAUGAUGUCUGGGUGAUGCAGGUCCUGCCAUCAGUAAGCUGGGCAAACUUGUUAUGAACCAGGAUCUUUUCAGAAUGUCUGAAACAGUUUGCCAUGUGAGUGAAUUUUUCAGUUGGCUCUUUUUGUGUUGGUAUUGGUAAAUGUUCAGCUUUUUUUGAUAGGCGCAAGUUUUCUUUCAAAGAUAGCUUGUUGUGUGGAAGUUUAGACAUUUGAUUUGCUCUUCAGCAGCAGCACAGUUCAGAAUGGUGUCAGUGGGACAUGCGAGUAUAUAUGGAGCAUCUUGCUUUUGUUUUUGUUUUAUUUUUUAUGACAGAUUUAAACUUGUAAAAUAAAAAAUCACAUGAACCAGUGCUGGUUUGCAGUUGAAUUUAGAUUGAUCUUAGGCAGAAGAGACUUAUAAAUCAUGCGGGGUUUCAGAGAAGACAGGUUCUGGAUCGUAGAGGGUAUCGCAUCAUUCAGUUCAAUAGGGACUUGGUCAGGACCCAAAAAUCAAGCUGACGUAUACAUAAUGUUGGUAUAUAGAGGGGCUGGAUUGGACAGGUUUUACUGUAUAAACUACCAUCUCUGCUUGCUUCUUGUGUAUUUAUGACCAUUUAAUUAAAGGAGCAAUUGGUGACUGUAGCUGUGAUUGAGUAUGACACAGUACCUUGCAAAGAAAACAAACAUUCUCUUGUUUUUAAAAUAUAUGGGGAGGGGAGUCUGUAACUGUUUGUCUAUGAUGGUCCUGGGCUGAACUGAAGACAAAGGGAACUCUUGGAUUGCUCUGGGGUCUGUGCCAUCAUCUUCUAGAUGAAAAUUUCCUUUAUUAAACCUGUCAUUUUGGCAAAAGGUUUUGGAGAGGUUGAGAGUAGUGCGGCGCCACUCAUCUCGCUGACAAAGUUUAUUUGCAAAUAAAAAAUUUUCAGUUCGGAUUACUUUUCCUUGCAUCCUGUUAUUUAUUGUAAGCACCGAACACUGUGCAUUAUAUGGUCUCCUCUAGUACUCCUUUUCCUCUGCUUGCCACAUCGGCCCUGGCCGCGUCUGCUUUUCUCUGGCCUGGUUUGCUACAUCGUACGAUGUGGCGGGAUUACGCCAUCACGUAACAGGGAGCCGUGCGCUGGAAAAGCCGACGGGAACGGAGCGACACAUUUUAAUGCUGCAUUAUAGUUUUACGUUUAGCAGUGUUAAGCUUCUAGUUUUUUUCUAUUAAAGCAAACACAAAAUAAACUUUCCACAUGUGCAUGACGGUGUGGAAUGAAAUCCUCAUCGCUGUCUUCUGAUGCAGAACAGUCAUAUUCACUUUCAAUCCAUCUUCUUUUAGAGGUUUGGGACAGUUGGAUCUUGAGAGGGCUGUCCAAACUUGUAUGUAGAGCAAAAAUAAAAAUUAAUAAAUGUUCUUUCAAUUGCUGCACACGUUGUUUGAGCUUUUUUUUUUUUUUUUUAAUGAACAUAGUAUUGCUACAGGCUUCUUUAACCACUUCAAUUCCAGACGUAAAAAUGAAACCCCUUCCCAGGUACCAGAUUCUGAAAAUAAUAAUGAAAAUGUUUUCAAACC